AUGUCUGACUGGGAUGUUGACAAUGACUACCUUUACAACUUGCCACCAGUGGUCUUAAGUAACUUCAUACGAGUUAUGGACACUCUUUCCAACACAGACUGGACUAGAUUUGCUUCUCACGUGGUGUCCAACCAAACUGAACUCCGUCUUGUUGAACAACGUCCAAGGCGGACAGAUGAUCUUAUGAAUCUGUGGGGGAGUAGGAAUGGAACAGUCUGGGAUCUUCUGAAUAUUCUCCAGGAGUUGCAAAUGCUGAGGGCCCGGGAUAUCAUCCUCAAUUGGAAACAUAAACAGCAGUCACCCAUAGUCAACAAACCCAUCUCGCCGCCGCAGUCUGACCUCACGCACAGUCACCCACCCUGCUUUCCUUCAUUCACCUCUCCCAUUAAAGAGGUCACUAAGUGUCCCCUCAUUCCUGAAAACAAGAUCCUGCCCAGGCCUGGCCCUCCACCGUCUCACCUGAACACCGAAAGAAAUGAGAGAAUAGGGACGCAGCAACCCACGACUGAACAGCAGUUUUCGUGCCCCGUGGAUCCUGCUUCACUCUCUACUAAUGCUAUGUACUGGUCGUUUGAAGAGGUGUUGAGGGGGACAGAGAACUUCGCUGAAGCGUGCCAGAUCGGAGAGGGUGGGUUCGGUCACGUCUACCAUGCCAAAAUGAGGAAGACAGAGUAUGCUGUAAAGAGGCUGAAAGAGGAUUCCCAAGUAGGAUGGACUGUGGUGAAGGAAAGCUUUAAAACAGAGGUGGAAAUACUUUCACAAUACAGGCAUCCUAAUAUUCUGGAUUUUGCUGGCUACAGUAUUGGAGAAAAUACCUACUGUCUACUUUAUGUCUUUAUGCCCAACGGAUCUCUAGAGGACAGACUUCAUUGUAAGGGUGAUGCUGCCCUCUCCUGGCCACAACGUGUUAGUGUGUUGUUAGGUUCAGCCAAAGCCAUCCAGUUCCUGCACUCCUGCUCUCCACCUCUGAUUCACGGCGAUAUCAAGAGUUCUAACAUCCUCCUUGGGGAGCACCUGGAGCCUAAACUUGGGGAUUUUGGAUUAGCACGGUUAUGUCGGAACCCCGUCAAAACGAACGGAAAGACGACCAGCAUCGCUCAAACGAAGACGGUGCGGGGGACCUUGGCGUACUUGCCGGAGGAGUACCUGAAAGACGGGAGGCUAGGAGUCGAGAUUGAUGUCUACAGCUUUGGAGUGGUUCUGUUAGAGGUUCUCACUGGCCGAAGAGCCAUGGAAGUGGACAGCCAGUCCAAAACUGUGUACUUGAAAGACCUGGCUUCAGAGCUAGAGAUUGGUGGUGAGAGUUUUGGUCCAGGGAAAGACUCCCAGGAACUGGCCAUUUCCCAGGCUGCAGAAAAUAUCUUGAAGAAGCAUUUGGAUCCCAGAUUGUGGUCAAAGGGCAUGCCCCUUCCUCAUGGCUCCUGGAAACUUUCCCAGCUAGCAUGUCGCUGUCUGCAUCGCCGGAGAAAGAAACGACCCCCCAUGACAGAGGUGUUUGAAACCCUCCAAGAGGUUCAUUCGGGGAUGAAAACCCACGGGAGGUCUACCGUUGUUCCAGUAUCCCCCGACCCCUCUCACUGUUCCACUCCUCAGCCGCUACUUUCUGAGGAUCCUUCUAUAGACUCUCUCGCAUCUCAAUUUUCUAAACUGGUCCCGCAGGAGGACACCUAUUACUGUCCCCACAACACCCCCUCCCUCUCCCUGCCCUCAGCCAUCUCUCAGUCAGACUCAGGCCCUGUGUCUGAGAGCAGCGCUGGAUCUUGGGACAGUCGGUGUUCGUCCUCUCACAUACCCUGUGAGUCAGAUGAAAGUCAAGGCUACUCUCAGUAUAUUGUUACCAACCCACCGUUUCACAUCAGCAGGAGUCAUCCAUCACCCAGUAGGGAGCCAGAGUCUGAAAGUAGCAUGUUCUGCAGCGGCUCUUUGCCUUGUGUUUCAUCACAAGCCAAUUCAUCUUCAGAUUUGCCCCAUCAGCAAAUAGUUGUCAAUCCAGUUAGAGAGCGUUUGGUCCAGAAAAUGGAACUUUAUGAGGAAGGCAGAAUCCCCACCUCCGACCUGCUCUCAUCUGAUAUAUCAUAUGGUACAAUGAAUGCCCGGUCCCGAGAGCCAGAGGAAAGUGAUGAAUUUGCAAGUGAAACAGGACACAGCAACAGAUACUGUACAGAUAAAUCUGCAUAAACACAGAAAAAGGAAACAGUUAUUUUUGUUUCAAGUUCAAGCGUGUUAAGCUUGUAUGUAUACAGUAGUGCACUGAAAUUCUCAGAAUGUAACGGUACCAAAAAGCCCUUUUGUGGGAUUUUUCUCUUCUGCACAAUGUGGAAAACUAAGGCAUCAUCCUUAGGUCUGUUAUCUGCUGUUGGAGUGUAUGAUUACUUUGAAUGUAUAAUACAAAUCACUGAAUCCAUUUUCUAAAACAAGAAAAGGGAAGGAAGGUUCUCUGGAAUAACAAAUCUAGUGACACACUAAUAUGAGGACCAACCAUGGCCUGACCUCUCUGCCUGGUGGAAAUCCUUUAGCAAGACAAUUAUCAUGAACAGUGAGCUCAUCUUCUGCCUGCCUGUGCUCCUCUUAUUUUGGUGAGAGCUUCUGUGUACCCAUAUGCUGACAAAGACCAAAUUAAUGCACUCUGUCAAUUAUAACUCAGCAACUGACAAUUUGUAUGAAUUAGUCUUAGUAUGAGUUAACACAGUACCCUUCUGCCAGUUGCUAUUUACAUGACUUAGUGUUUUUUUUAGAUAUAAAUAUUUAGCAAGGGAUUUGUAUAAUAUAAAAUGCCUUUGUAAUCAGUUGGU